GGGGGUCUCGGCUCGGCCGGGGUCGCUCUCCCCGCUCGGGACGGGGCUGUUGCUGCUGCUGCUGCUGCUGUUGCUGAUGAGCUGCCCGCCGCCCGCCGCGCCGUGCCCGCUGCCCUGCGACUGCUCCACGCCGCCGGAGACGGUGAAGUGCGUGAACCGGGAGCUGGCGACGGUGCCGAGCGGCAUCCCGGGCGGGGUGCGGAGCCUGGUGAUCAGCGGCAACCGCAUCGCGAGGCUGCCGGGCCCGGGGCCGCUCGGGGGCUCUCCGCUCGGCCAGCUGGUCAACCUGAGCCUGCGGGCGAACCGGAUCGCCGCGGUGGGCGCCGGCGCGUUCGCCUCGCUGCCCCGCCUGCAGCGGCUCGACCUCAGCGAGAACCGCCUGGUGAGCGUGAGCCCGGCGGCGUUCGGCUCGGCGCCGUGCCCCCUGCGGGAGCUCAACCUGAGCCGGGCCCUGGGCGAGCCCUCGGCCUUGGAGCAGGUGGCCGCCCUCCUGGCCUCCGCUCGGCUGCCCGAGCUCCGGAGCUUGCAGCUCUCCGGCAACCGGCUGUCCUCGCUGCCGCCGGGCGCCUUCUCGGGCCUGGGCUCGCUGCGGCACCUGGGGCUGGCCGACAACUCCCUGUCCGCGCUGGGCGGCGAUGCCCCGGGCGCAGGCGGCGGCGGCGGGUCGCUGUUGCAGCUCCCGCCGCAGCUGGAGACGCUGGACCUGCGGCGGAACGCGCUCCGGGCCCUCGCCAACGGCACCGUGUCCGAGCUGCGGCGGCGGCACCCCGACCUCCGGCUGCGGCUCGCCGGCAACCCGCUGGCGUGCGACUGCCGCCUGGAGCCGCUGCUCGCCUGGCUCCGGCACGGCCGCCCGGGAGACGCCGAGAGCCUGGUGUGCGCCUCGCCCGAGUCGCUGCGGGAGCGGCCCGUCCUGCAGCUCCGCGCCGCCGAGCUCCACUGCCCGCUGCAGGGAGACAUGGAGAGCGUCCUGCAAACCUCGUACGUCUUCUUGGGCAUCGUGCUGGCGCUGAUCGGGGUCAUCUUCAUGUUCGUGCUGUACCUGAACAGAAAGGGCAUCAAAAAGUGGCUUUACAACCUCAGGGAUGCCUGCCGAGACCACAUGGAAGGCUAUCACUACAGAUACGAGAUUAACUCGGACCCCAGACUGACAAACCUCAGCUCCAACUCGGAGGCGUGAAAGGACUUUUUUUUUUGCAUUUUCUGGCCGCGGGAGGCUGAACUUGUUUGAGACUCAAAGAGGGGCCCGCUUGGACUUUAUUUUACUGUUCGUUCUUUGUAAUAGCUAUGCAUGAUGACCCCACUCACUCCGACCAGCGGGCUUAAACUUGCUGCUUGUGUCACUCUCCGACAGUUGGAAAUACGACAAUGACAAAAAGGUUUGACUCUCGCAGUGGGGAAUGCUCCAUGUGCAGCGGUGUAUGUUUGUGUGUAUGAUAAUGUGGGGGUGUAUGUGCAUGCCUAUGUAUGUGUGCGCGUCUCGACAUCUGUGUGUGUGUGUGUGAACUUUCUCUCUCUCUUUUCAUCACCUGGUGUGUGAUGUGCCAAAAUAGGGAGCCCAUUUGGGAAAAGAGUUGAAGCUUUCUCCCGAGCUCCGCUUUAACAGUAGAGUACUUUUAAAAAAAUUAACUGAGGAUUUGAGACCUCCGGUCUAUUAGAGUCGGGAGAAGGGAUUAAUUGCUACAGUAACAGUUUUACCGUUUCAGAAGUGACAAAAAAACCAAACCAAGCAAUACAAUAACAGUUUUUAGACCUCGGUUUCAGCAACUCAAAGGGUUUCUCAUCAGUCCCCAGGCGGUGCAAUAACACAAAGCGACCCCGCUGGUUUAAUGCAAUCUGCUAAAUUCCAACGACUUCAGUCAGAUCCUACUCACUGAAUGAGAAAAGGCGCUUACGGUAAUGCUGUUUUAAUACUGACUUUUUUUUAUUGGCAAACCGGUCUAUCUAUACUCCCCAAACUUAAGCAAAGUGACA